GCCAAUCUCAUCUCUCUCUGUCUCUCUCUCAAUCGCUCUCCUUCUUGUCUUGCCUUUUGGCUUUUGGUUCUCUGCUUCUGUUUUUCUACCCCAAAGUCCACACAAACUUUCAGUAGCGGCCCCGUGCUAAAUCCGAGUGGGUUUGGUCGGCCACCACUCUAGCCACAGGCCAAAAAUAAGGUCAUGUUCCAUGGGCCUUUUCUCUCUUGAAUCCACAACAAUUCAUUUCAUCAUCUCUUCAAUUCUUUACUGUAUGAGUCUGUCUUCUUACAGACCCCAAUGAGAAUUUCACUCCUUUCAUGGCUUUUCUUCAUACCCAUUUGCUCAAUUUUCCUCAACUUUCGUACCUUUGUGGUAUCUCAAUCUCAAACAUGUCUUAGCGAUCAGCGAGACUUGUUGAUCGGAUUGAAGAAAAGCCUCAAAUUCAAUAGUAGCUUGUCUACAAAACUGGUGCAAUGGAAUGAAGCUCAGUUUACUAAUUGCUGUUUGUGGAAAGGUGUAAACUGCAGCAAGGAGGGACGUGUUGUUGGUCUCGACCUGUUCAACGAAUCCAUCACGGGUGGACUUCAUCACAAUUUAAGCCUUUUCAGUCUCCAGUAUCUUGAGUCCCUGAAUUUGGCUUAUAACAAGCUGAGUUCUACGAUUCCAUCUCAGUUUGGCAGUCUGACGAGUUUGCGUAAUUUGAAUUUGUCAAAUGCUGGCUUUGCAGGGCAGGUUCCAAAUGCGAUUUCACGUCUCAAAAGGUUGGUUACUCUCGAUUUGUCUACCAUCUCUUUCUUGAGUGAUAAUACGCUGAAACUUGAGGACCCAAAUUUAGCUAAGCUAGUUCAGAAUCUUUCGGAGAUUAAGGGACUUUAUCUUGAUGGUGUAAAUAUAUCAGCGUCAGGAAAUAAGUGGUGUCAGCCCUUAUCAUCUUCUCUGCCAAAUCUAAGUGUGUUGAGCAUGUCAGACUGUUAUCUUUCAGGCCCUCUUGAUUCCUCCUUAUUGAAGCUUCAGUCCCUCUCAAUUAUUCGUCUCAAUAAUAAUCCCCUCAAUGCUCCAGUUCCAGAAUUUUUUGCAAAUUUCACAAAUUUGACUUACUUGGGUCUCAGUUCUUGUGGAUUGAAUGGGACAUUUCCAGACAACAUCAUCCAGGUUCCAUCAUUGCAGACGCUUGACUUGUCAUAUAAUGAACUACUUCAAGGUUCUUUACCAGAAUUUCUUCCAAAUGGUUCUCUUCGGUCACUGCUGCUUAGUGGUACAAAAUUUUCAGGGGCACUGCCAGAUUCUAUUGGUAACCUUGCAAUGUUGUCCAGAAUAGAUCUUUUUGGAUGCAAUUUCAGUGGAUCAAUACCGAACUCUAUGGGAACUCUUACUCAAUUGGUUUAUUUGGACAUGUCGUCCAAUAAGUUCAACAGACAGAUUCCAUCAUUCACCAUGGCCAAGAAUCUGACAGAGAUAAACCUUUCCCAUAAUGAUCUGGAAGGUAGUAUUAAUUCCACUCAGUGGAAAGAGCUUAUAAAACUGGUGAAUCUUGACUUGGAUAACAAUUCAAUUGAAGGGAGUAUUCCAUUGUCCCUGUUUUCCCAUCCAUCUCUGCAGAAACUACAACUUUCGAAAAACAAAUUUUCUGGUGGACUCCAGGAAUUUAACGUUUCUUCUUACUCAUUGAACACCCUUGAUUUGAGUGGCAACAACUUGAAAGGGCCCUUACCCAUGUCUGUUAUCAAGCUCAAAGGUCUUAAAUCCCUCUCAUUUUCUUACAACAAAUUUAAUGGCUCCUUCCAGCUUGAUUCGAUUCAGCAACUAACAAAUCUAUCGAGUCUUGAUCUUUCUUACAACGAGUUGUCAGUCAAUUAUAGUGUUACCGCUUCUUCUUUGUCCUUUCCCCAUUUUAGCACAUUGAAGUUGGCUUCUUGCAAAUUGAGUGCAGUCCCUGAUUUUUUGAAAAACCAAUCCAAAUUAACCAUUCUAGACCUUUCAAAAAACCAGAUUCCCGGAGAGAUACCCAACUGGAUUCAGAAUCUUACUAAUCUUUUUUACCUAAAUCUCUCAUAUAACCACCUGGAAGGGCCUUUGCUCAAUCUUCCUUCUAUGUUAACUAUCCUAGAUCUUCAUUCCAACCAACUCCAGGGGCAACUCCCAACUCUCCCACCAUCUGCCACAUAUCUGGAUCUCUCAGGGAAUAAUUUCAGCUCUGCUAUACCUGCUGGCAUUGGCAGCUCCCUUACUUUUGCUUAUUUCUUAUCUCUCUCAAAUAAUCAAUUAUCUGGUAGUAUCCCUGUAUCAAUAUGCAAUGCUCCAUACCUGCAAGUUCUUGAUCUGUCCAAUAAUCUUUUGAAUGGCACUAUUCCCCAAUGCUUCUAUGGAAUGAGUGAGACUCUCAUGGUGUUGGAUUUGAGAAAGAACAAACUCGGUGGCAAUUUAUCUAAUUCGUUUCCAGUUAAUUGUGGUUUACUAACUCUAAAUCUCAAUGGAAACCUAUUAGAAGGAGUGGUACCAGAGUCUUUGCGGAACUGCAAAAAUUUGGAGGUCUUGGACAUGGGGAACAACCAACUAAAGGAUGCCUUCCCAUGUAACUUGAAGAACAUAUACUCAUUGCGUGUCCUUAUCUUGCGAUCUAACAAAUUUUAUGGGUCCAUUGAUUGUGGAGGGCCAAAUACCUCUUGGCCAAUGCUUCAAAUUGUUGACCUCGCUUCAAACAAUUUUACUGGUCAGCUUCCAAGAGAAUACCUUUCUGCCUGGAAUGCAAUGAUGGAUGUUGUCCAGUACCUCCAAGUUCCAAUCCUAAAAUUCAGUCAAAUUUAUUAUCAAGAUAUGAUAACAGUUACCAGUAAAGGUUUAGACAUUGAGCUGGUUAGGAUUCUAAAUCUAUUCACUUCAAUUGACGUAUCCUGCAACAAUCUUAAUGGGACAAUACCAGAAGAAAUUGGAAAGCUCAAAUUGCUACUUGUUCUCAACUUCUCACAUAAUGCUCUUACAGGCCACAUUCCACCAUCUAUGAGAAAGUUGACUAUGCUGGAAUCACUUGACUUGUCAAGCAAUCAGCUCAGAGGGAAAAUCCCUAUGCAACUUUCAGAUCUUACUUUCCUGGCAGUCCUAAACCUCUCAUUCAAUCAAUUGGUUGGGCAGAUUCCACAAGGCAAGCAAUUUGAUACAUUUUCAGAAGAUUCCUAUAAAGGGAACAAAGGAUUAUGUGGAAUCCCUUUGAAGAAAAACUGCAGAAGUGAUAAAGCUCCACCACCUUCAGCAAUACCACAAUCUAAAGGCACAAGUUCAACUACUUUGAUUGGAUUUGAUUGGCAGUUCAUACUGACUGGAUUGGGUUUUGGGGUCGGAGCAGCAGUUGUUGUUGCUCCCCUAACAUUUUGGGAGAAAGGAAGAAAAUGGCACAACGAUAUAAUUGAUAAGAUUCUUCUAGUGAUUCUUCCAAUGAUGGGAUUGUCUUACACUGGCUGCUAUAAUGUGAAGGUUGAGGCAGAUGAAGAUAUUGAAGAUGAGAACACGGAAGAUUCUGAAGAUGAUGACAAUGAAAAUGAAAUGGAAGACGAAGAAAUUUGGGGACGGUAUUGUGUGAUUUGCUCUAAACUCGACAUUAGUAGGAAGAGGGCCAUCCAUGAUCCUCGGUGUACAUGCCAUAACUCACCCCCUAUUUCUUCUUCUUCCUCUACAUCCUCAUCUUCAUCAUAGCCACAUCAUCAUAGCAAAGCUUUUUCUCUGUUUCGUUUUUCCUUUUAUUUCAUUUUUUGGACCUUUUCAUUUGUAGAUAGAUACAGAAUCAUCAACCCAAAUGAUGGGGGGAUGAGAUGAGCUCAUAAAUUGAAUAUUUCCAGUUUGUAAUCUUUUUGGCUUGGGGAUAAUGUUCUUUUAUUCUAAAUCUGAACUGGGUUUGUUUGUGUGGUUGCUAUAUGAAAAGCAAGCACGUCAGACUCAAGCUAAUGCUCAUUCAGGAAUU